ACACACACACACACAGUAGGCUCGAUCUGUUUCGAGCAGGCGUCAAUGAAGCAUUUCUAAAGCCCCGCCUGUACUGGUGGAGAGGUGAAAUCGGGGCGUUGUGGUGAGCGUCUUGGCAGUCUGUCCGUAGCAGUAACUCGGGAAACGUAACGAUGAAGUGUGUGGCCCUUGUGUUGGUUAUCCUGCUGGUGAUUGAGGUCUGCAAGGCGCGGCCUCAGGAUGGCGAUGAAGAAGAAUGUUAUGGGGAUGACUGCGUAACACCACCUGAAACAACGGUAGCAACCACCACCACCACCACUGCUGCCCCUCGUGACGAUGCCUUGGUAGAACACCAUCACCACGUCAAAAGACAGGCUCCGUUACGUCCUGAGCCAAGAAACGAGGUUGCCUUUACCGUAACGAAAGGCGUUCAGACUCGCGGGCUACCAGGGCUGAGCUUUGAGACCGUGCUGACCAACGUCGGUGGCGCGUGGAAUCAUCGCACCUCUCACUUCCAGGCGCCGUACACUGGUGGCUACUUCUUCACCUACCACGCAGUGUCCGCAAUUACUGAGGACUUCACGCUGGCGCUGAUGAAGAAUGGCAGGUACCAGGUGACGGCAUACGGCGGCAGCCAGGGUUACCAGCACGCCUCCAACUCUGCAUUCCUGGCGCUGAACAGUGGAGACCGUGUGCACUUGGAGCUGCAGGAAGGGCAUAUCUACGAGCACCCCCGCGACGAGGCCUACGUCUCCUUCACGGGUUUCAUGUUGUACAGACACUUCUCCUAAUUGUAUUCAUCUCCUUAUCUACACAAGUCUUGUACCAUCAUUGUAAUAAGUCUUGAUGUGGCGCCUGAAUUAAGAAUAAUCUUGAACUAACGUUA